AUCGCGAAUCUCAUCUCUGGCACGGCAUUUGGCCAACAACGUCGACGCCAUGCCGAAUCAAGGACCACGUAAGCGAAAAGAAAAGGAUAAGGACAAAUUGAAAGAUGAUGGCAAGAAUAUGGCGAAAUCGAAGCAAACGACUGGUUACUGGGCUGGAAAUGAUACCAUGGAUACAGAAAUUUAUUCAAGAGCUAGUAGACCUCAGAAUGAACCAUCUGGUGAAAGACGUUCCCUUCUUAGAGAUUGUUUCUGUCGCUGUCUACAUUCACUGAAGUGGGUUGUGUUCUUACUAGUCCUACCAGCAAUUCUUAACCAUGCAUCUCUGUACAAGGAAGCAGAAUACCUGAAACCAAAAGGUGAAUUAUUAUCUGUAGGCUUAGAAGAUCACAAAAUGUUCAUCACAUGUUCGGGGGAAGGAGAACCCACAGUGAUUCUAGAUGCCCCUACUGGUAUGUCAUCAGAUGUUUGGUGUCUGGUCCAGCCAAGAAUAGCAAAGUUUACACGAGUUUGUUCAUAUGAUAGAACUGCAUUGGGAUUUAGCUCUCCAUACCCAUAUCAGUUUCCAGAAAAUGAUGAUACUCCUGGUCCCAUAUCGAGCAAAAUGGCAAGCAGGAUUACCAAAGGACAAGAAAGUACAACAGAGAGAAUGGUGGAUGACCUACACUCCUUGCUUCACAUCAACUAUACAUACACCAAGCCGCCAUUUAUUCUUGUGGGGUCAGAAUUAGGAGCCACAAAUGCCAUGUUUUAUGCACAGAUGUUUGAAAAAGAAGUAAGUGAUGUAGUUCUUAUAGAUCCUCUGGUUGAGGGAAUCUUUGAGAUUGAUGAUGCAGUCUUAGAGCAAUUCUGGUAUGGUCAUCUGGUGCCCACUCUUCAGUCUUUACAGCUCUCAGCUGCUAUUGGUCUAACCAGGCUGGGAUUGAUGCUAGGCCUGGUAGAGCAGCCAAUCAAAGGAGAGGUUAUAUCAGAAGAAGUCAAUGCUAGACAAAAAUAUUUAAUGUGCUUGCCAAGGCAUAUCAGAGGAGCCGUGGAAGAAUAUUUUUGGGCCAACCAAAGUUUAUCUCAAAUAAAAACUGCAUAUACAGUAAAGCCUUUUCCAAAGAAUGUGUCUGUGACUGUGAUAACAGGCAAUUAUUAUGAUGAAGAACUACCGAGUCAAUUAAAUAAGGUAUGGGCCAAGGCAACUCAAAAGCUUGUCUCUUCAAUACACCCAUCAGCCAAGCACCUUCUAAUAAAUGGAGCAGACCAUCGUAUGUUAUAUCGCAAUCCAAACGCAGUGGUAGAGCCCAUCAAGAAACUUGUCAGACACUGGAGGCAACGACAGACCAAAUCUACCAAGGGUGGAUGACCCUAACUUUAUAGCUGCUUGUGGGUGAUUCCAUCAAGUUGGUGACCAAUUUGUGUGAUUCUUACUUUGUCCCUGAAACAUAAGCUAACUAGGUGCCCCCUGAUCUGUUUGAAAUGAUUUCCUAAAAUGGAAAAUAGAGAUUUUCUUCUUAUGGGAGGGGGAUGUUAUUAAAGGAUAACGUUCCGUUAUAGUUCUUUAGUAUAUCAAACAGUGGAAAUUCAGGAGCAACAAUUCCCAAACUCGCACAAGCUGGGCUACAAAUUAAUGAAAUCACUCAUACUCUUUGAUAGGUUUUGUAGUUAGUUUUUGUAGGUAGUUAGACUGUAUUUGGAUAAGACAUCAGGCAGCUAUUUCAUAAAGGGAUCAAUAUAUAGUACAAACGACUGGAACAUGAUUCUUUUACUAUUGAACUCGGUUCUAGAUCCUCUUUUGUUGCAUCAGCUCAAGUUGAAACUGAUCUUUCGUCAUUGAAAUUAUUGUUGUUAGCAAGCAAUACUUGUCCAAAUUUUAUAGGGGUUACAUAAAACUCAAAGUUCACUUUGUUGAAAAAAUAAAGGAAGAAUUU